UCAGUUUAUAAAUAGGUUAAUAAGAUCUGGGCAAGGUUUGAAGAGAAAAAUUAACAAAAUUGAGAAGAUAAAUCCAAGGAAAACUCUUUAUUCAAGCCACAUGUGAUUCUGGAAGCUCUCCCUUUCAGACAUUUAGAGAAAUAGCAGUAAAAUCCUUUUUCAGACCUCAGUCAGGGAUGGCCAGAGCCUUGGAGCUGGUUGCACUGUUACAGCAGGACCAGCAGAGGGAACACGGGUGUUGCUUCCAGGAUCCAUGAAAAUAAUGCAAAAAAAGGUCCUGGAAGUAGUAAUGAAAUGCAUGUAUUUUAAAUAAGUGAUGUGUCAGGGACUGCUGUUCUACUGUUAUCCCUUGUAUAAUACUUUUGAUCCUUUUUCCUCCCUGUUUUUACACUUUCCUGUUCUUGCUUUUGUUUCAUUUCUGCUGUUUGCUGCUGGGUGUGUUGGCUGGAAUAUUUUAUUGGGAGGAGACAAUAUAAUGUGCUUUUUCAAGUAGGCACCUUUUGAUCCAUAACUUUUUCUGUAUAAUGUGCAUUCUUACAGUGUCACAUAUCCAUGUUUUAUUAUUUUAAUAUCCAUUAGUGAACUGACAUAUGGUAAAUGUCAUUGUAAGACACACAAAAAAGGGAAGAAUAAACAUUGGUGACAUAUUCUGUGGCACUGAUAUGUGGGGAAGAGGUGAAGGAGUGCAAGACAGCAAGCUGACCAUUGAGAUUCUGUUCUCAGAAGCAAAAGACAGGAAAAAAAAUCCAUUUUUUUUUUUUCCAGCUUAGGUAAUUUUGAGUAAAUGAAGCACUGAGGUUUGCUGGGCUGUGUGGGUGGACCUUCCAAGAAACAUUGCAGAGCUCCCCUGUGUGUGCCAGCUCCUGUGCCAGGCUGGACCAUCUGAUGCAGCGUGGCACAUCCUUUAAAUGAACAUGAUAUGCCAAAUGAAAUAAUGGGCACAAAUUGAGCUUGCAUCCCGAGUUUAUUCAUCUCUUAAUAAAUUAUUUCUUCAGCAAGCUUUCAAUUACCAGGAAAAUGGAAGAAGCAGAUGUCCCAGGCAUCAAAUGUCCCAGCGCCGAGCGUUCCAUUUGUCUCGCUGUUUGGAGAGUUUCCGGUUUUAUGCUGGGAAAAGCUGAGGGGAAAACGAGUCAUUUAACCUGUCAUUAAACAUGAUGGAACAGACUGAUGGGACCUGUGAGACAAUUUAAAUUAUUGGCUUCUAAUCCAAAGGUAGAAAUGACCUGUCAGACAGAUUUGACUGGGAUGGAUUAUUAAUCAUGUCAAACCUGUGGAAACAGCUCUGUUCUCUUUAUGGCUCCUUGUUUAUUCUUUUCUGACAAAUGUUGCCCAAAUCUGACUAAAAAAGAUUUAAAGGAUUUUAAAAAAGGAUGGCUCCAGCCACCUUUCUUUUUCAGCCUCUGUCCCACAGCAGGAGCUGGGAAUGUGCUGCAAAGGCCUCUCCCCCAUUAUAAGAUUAAUUAAUAUCUGCCUGGCACUGCCAGAGGCACCAAAUAAUCGAACUUGGCUCCUCUCCAAACACCACUCUUAUGUAAAGUGUGGUGCAGAGGUUACAGAAUCCAGCCCAGCUCAUUCAGGAGUUUCCCUUUGGCCGCCGCCUCCCGUGUGACAUCUACUGGCACGGGGUGUCAUUCCACGACAGCAACAUCUUCUCAGGGCAGGUCAACAAGUUCCCAGGCAUGACGGAGACGGUUCGGAAGAUCACCCUGAGCCGGGCCAUGAGAACCAUGCGGGACCUGUUUCCCCUGGAGUACAACUUCUACCCUCGCUCCUGGAUCCUGCCAGAGGAGCUGCCUCUCUUUGUGGCUGAGGUUCGUACGAUGAAAGACAGCAAUCCAUCCUGGAAGCCCACUUUCAUUGUAAAGCCUGAUGGAGGCUGCCAGGGGGAUGGAAUCUACCUCAUCAAGGACCCAAGUGACAUCAGGCUGACAGGGAGCAUCCAGAGCAGGCCAGCUGUGGUGCAGGAGUACAUCUGCAAACCACUGCUCGUGGACAAACUGAAGUUUGAUAUUCGCCUCUAUGUCCUGCUGAAGUCCUUAGAACCCUUAGAGAUUUAUAUAGCCAAAGAUGGACUUUCUAGGUUUUGUACAGAGCCCUAUCAAGAACCCACACUCAAAAAUUUGCACCAGGUUUUUAUGCACUUAACCAACUACUCACUAAAUAUCCAUAGUGGGAAUUUCAUCCAUUCUGCCAGUGCGAACACUGGCAGCAAGAGGACUUUUUCAAGCAUUCUUUGCAGACUGUCUUCCAGAGGAGCUGAUGUCAAAAAGCUCUGGUCAGAUAUAAUUUCAUUGGUGAUUAAAACAAUUAUUGCACUGACACCAGAACUGAAAGUUUACUAUCAGUCUGACAUACCAGCAGGAAAGCCUGGGCCAACUUGCUUCCAGAUUUUAGGGUUUGACAUUCUCCUGAUGAAAGACUUGAAGCCUGUGUUACUGGAAGUAAAUGCAAACCCCAGCAUGAGAAUAGAACAUGAGCAAGAGCUUUCUCCUGGAGUAUUUGAAAAUGUCCCAAGCCCUGUUGAUGAAAAAGUGAAAGUUGCUGUCAUCAGGGACACUCUGCGGCUGGUGGACCCUCAGAAAAAGAAGAGGAAGGAUACUCAGUGCCAGAGCCCGGAGCAGGCCCCGGGAGGCAGCGAGGAGCCGCCGGACGCCGCCCCCAGCCCCGAGGCCGCGCUGCCCUCGCUGUGCCUCAAGCAGGUGUUCCCCAAGUACGCCAGGCACUUCAGCUACCUGCGCCUCGUGGACAGGGUGGCCGCGCUCUUCAUCCGCUUCCUCGGCGUCAAAGGGACCACCAAGCUGGGCCCAACGGGGUUCCGCACCUUCAUAAGAAACUGCAAACUGAGUAACAGCAAUUUUUCAAUGGCAGCUGUAGAUAUCCUGUAUAUUGAUAUCACAAGGAGGUGGAACAGCAUGGGCAUUGACCACAAGGAAUCAGGUAGCCCAGGAAUGUGUCUGCAAGCCUUUGUGGAAGCUUUCUUUUGCCUGGCCCAGAAGAAGUACAAGGCGCUGCCGCUGCACAAGCAGGUGCUGUCGCUGCUGGAGCUGUGCGAGUGCCGCCUGGCCGCGCUGCACGGGAAGCGCCUGGUGUGGGGCUGCGGGCUGGCCCAGCCCCGCGGGGCGCUGCGGGCAGCGGGCACCGCGCCGGGCCCCGGCGCCGCCCGGCCCCACGGCCCCCCGGUGCUGCGGCUGCAGAAAUCAUCGCACCAGCUACGGGCGCUCAUGUGCCGGGACAGGACCGGCAGUUAAUCCCCGGCCAGGCACGGGUCCUGCUGGAGGAGAGACUGGCGAUGGAAUCCCUCCAUUUCAGAGUGACAAUUAUUUAUUUUCAGCUGUAUUUUUUAUUUAUGCUUUUCCAAAAAGUCUACUGCAACCUCCCGUUUUCAAAUAAUGACUCUGGCAAUGACUAUUUCUUCACCUCUCUGUGGGAUUCACUGUGCACAUCCCGUGACAAACUGCAUUCAUCCUGUGUGUGGAAAAGGACCAACCCACACGGGAUGAUAACCAGCAUCAUGGGAUUGCCUGCACUGACUGAGGAAUUACAUUGCUUUGUGUGCACAGGACAUGUCACAGCAACCAAGGAAGGAACUGCAGUCACAAAUACCAGACUGGAGAACUGAAAUCUGAAACUGCACUUGUGGUCAGACUUCAGGCCUUGACUCUCUUCUUUCCAUGGCUUGGACUGUAGGUGUUGGAAUAAAUACAGAUUUGGUCAAUAUCUAUGUACUUAUUUUUUAAAGUCAGUCUUAAAGCACUGAAAUAAUAUUUUGGGUUAUACUUCUUUGUACAUGUCUUUGCCAUGACAAGUACUGUUAGUUUUUUAAAGAACUAAAACUGUUUAUCCUUUUGCUUCCACA